AUGAAUGGGAGGUCAUGCAGUAUGAGCCAUCGGACAACAGGUAUUCCUCAUGGACCUAUGAUGAUCAGUGGACAGCAGAUCCCACCUAUCAGAGUUCAUGCAGGAACGCCCUGCCCAUCUUCAAAUAGCAGCACCCCAAGCCCAGCUAUUGGAAACUUGUCUGCCAGCCUACACUUAAAGAUUCCCCUUGGAGGAAGGGUAGCUCUUCAGAGCAACAUCAUUGACAGUACUGUUCACCUUCCUGCUCUAAGUCACAGGAAACAAGUGGUUACAAAUGUGAAGCCUCUAUUGCAAGCUCCACAGCCCCCAGGACUGCCAGCCCCACAGUCUGUAAAGCCAAAACAGCAAGAAUUUGGAAAUUCUUUCUCCCCAUGCACAGGUGAAGGAGGUCUUGGUUAUGGACUCCAGUGCAAGUCCAUUGGAAAAGGCAGCUGCCACAAUGUAAUAGUCACCAGCAGUCCCAUGACAGUUCAGCAGCUGGGACCUGUUUCACCUCCUGCUAAUCAGUUUUCAACAGCAUGCAACCAGAUCAGCCCUAACUUACAGAGGUCUACGGAUGCUACCAGCCUGAGUGCUUCUCCAACAGAUACAAGGUCACUCUUGCCAUGUGAGUCUCUGGCCUCUACGACGUUAAGCUUGUCAGAAAGUCAGUCCACCUUGAGUGUUAAGGAAGAGUGGUCGCAUGGGUACAGGACACUUCCUUCUCUUCCUCCUGACCAAGGUUUACAAAACGGCAGUGAACUGGGGGACUUACUAAAUUUUUCACCUGGAACAUCUGUAUCCAGUAACUGCAUCUCUAACUCGUUACCGUCCUGCUUACAUGGCAUGGAAAAUAAGCAUUCCCCUUACUCUAGUCCUCACCAUUCCUCAGCCCGGUCUCAAUCAGCCCGCUCCAAAAAGAGAGCACUCUCUCUGUCUCCUCUGUCUGACGGCAUUGGGAUCGACUUCAAUACAAUCAUUCGUACAUCCCCAACCUCUCUGGUGGCCUAUAUUAACAGCUCCAGAACAUCACCAGCAAAUGUAUCCCCGCAGCCUGAGGUCUAUGGACAUUUUCUGGGAGUAAGAGGAAGCUGUAUACCACAAAAUUGCUCUAUUCCAACUGCCCAGAAAGGUCUUCUCAUGGCUAAUGGCAGUGUCACCUUUCCAGGGUAUGUUGAGAAUGGGGCUGGUGAGUGCCAGCGGAUGCAGCAGCUGGAGCAAGCCAGCUUGCAGAUGGCCACCACAAGUAACAUGGUGAUCCAGCAGGGCGUGCCGCUGAUGGACAACCAGGCAGUGAGCAUCCUCAAAAAUGAACGUCUGGAUGACUUCUCGGGCCGUAUGGUCAAUAUGCCUCCUCCACCCCUGCUGCCUCUGCCUUCUCCACAAGGGCCACCCCCACCAUACCAUGCUCACCAGCACCGGCAUCCACACAGCCUCCCCAGCCGCAUUCACGCGCUGCCUGUGCCUCCAUCUGCCCCAGGCUCCCUUCUUGACGAAGAUGGUGAGCUAGAUGAUUUCAACGGCAAGCAUGGCUGUCGCUGGGUUGACUGCGGUGCGCUGUAUGACCAGCAAGAGGAACUUGUGCGGCACAUAGAGAAGAUCCAUAUAGACCAGAGGAAGGGAGAGGACUUCACUUGCUUCUGGGCAGGGUGCCCACGAAGGUACAAGCCAUUUAAUGCCCGUUAUAAACUGCUGAUUCACAUGAGAGUCCACUCAGGAGAAAAGCCGAACAAAUGCACA